AACAACUGUGUAACUGUUCACAUGUUAUUAAACGUAAUAACAUGUUUAAAUCUAACACUAUUCCUUUCAUAUGAAGAAUAACUCAAUGUUGGCACCCGCAGACAAAAAUAAGCAAAAUAAACGUGGAAAAAAGUUUCUUAACGCGUCAAAGUUAACAAAACAAUGUAAUUCUCUGCCGCCCCCUUGCUGCCACUGUCAGGCGGUGCACCCCUGUAACCACACCAAAGUGGUAUCGUCCACACAACAUGGAGGCACUGAUAUUGUUUUGGUCGAAUGAGCUGUGGAAGUAAACGAGAGAGUUGUGUAAAUGACUUGAUGAACUGGUCUGUUGUUCGAACAAUAAUAACUGUCUCAUUAGCGUCAGGAAUGAGUAUGCUCUCGCAUGUCCACUGUUCACCUGCACUUAGCGUCGCUGUGAUAAUUGAGGUUUAGCAGGUUAUUGUAAGCUGUGUGCGGCAGCUGACACGCAUGGAGCCCGCACAUAUCACCGGUGUUUACGGAGAGGUCAGUGGCCUCCCUGCUCCUGUUUCUGCACAUGUGAGGGAGGAGCAGCUCCCAGGGCUCCAGGUCUACACUGUGACGACAGUGUGGAGACAAAGUGACCUGGUCCAAGGGUCCAGACUUCACUUCUCCAAGCAGUGGACUUUGACUGCAGAGGGCAAUGACUACAAGAGCAUUAAGACUGUCCUCCCUCCUGGACCUUCCACUCCUAUGUCCAGAGAGUAUCUGAGUAGAUUUUCUCCCAUUCAAGGCCAGAAGGCGGUUGUCAAGGAGACCUGUGGCUAUCAGUUCCUAGAGAUAUGGGACUGCCAUGGCCUCAGGAGAUGCCUCAACCUGACUGCCCUCAACAAACAUGGCCGUGUCUAUGACGACGCUCAGUUUGGCUGUCUGUCAUGGUCCCAGUGUGAGAACAAACUGCUGUAUGUAGCUGAGAAGAGCAAGGAUACAUCAGAUGAAAAAUCUGCCUGCGGCAUGGACUCAAGUGUGUACCGCGAGGACUGGGGUGAGGCUUUGACCAACAAGAGCUGCCCAGUGAUUUGUGUGGCGAAUCCUCAGGCUGGCACGGUCAGUGUGCUGCAGGGCAUUCAGUCCGACAUCUCACCUGGACAGGCUUUGUGGGCUCCCGGCAGUCAGUCUGUGUUUUUCGUCGGGUGGUACCAUGAACCGUUCAGACUCGGACUGAUGUUUUGUUCCAACCGCAGAUCGGCAUUGUUCAAGCUAGAUCUGGAUGGACACUGUGAGUGUCUGUCAGAGAACGACAGGUCAGUGUCCUGUCCUAGGCUGAGUCCAGACGGGUCCACGUUGAUCUACCUGCAGGGCCAAGUGUUUGGUCCUCACAAUCAGUGUCUCAGUCUCCAACAGCUGGACCUGAGGAGUGGGAAGACGUCCACACUAUUGGAUGUUGUCAACAGACCACAGUAUGAUGAGUUUGCAGGUGUUUAUGAGGCUCUUCCGUCCUGCUGCUGGUCUGCAGACAGUCAGAGAGUGUUGUUCAGCAGUGCCCGCAGGAACUGGAAGGAUCUGUUUAUGGUUGACAGAAGAUCAAAGAAAGUCACUUCCCUCUCUGAUAGUCCAUCUGAGCUUUCCAAAAUCUAUGGCAGCUGGAAGCUGCUGACAGUCCAGGGGGACCUGAUGGUUGUCUGCUGCUCCAGCCCCAAUAUACCACCCACUCUGAUGGUGGGUUUCCUUCCCUCAGCAGGUGGACCGGUGUCCUGGCGAACCCUGCAGCAGCCUCCUCUGACCUUUGACUUCGACUGGACUAGUCUAGAUGUUACACCUCCACCUGAGGAGGACAACGUCCACUACUCUGGUCUGGACUUUGGCGCUGUCCUGGUUAAACCGUCUCGUUCCCUCCAUGUGUCCAGUGUCCCUCUGGUCGUUUUCAUUCACGGUGGCCCUCACUCACAGUUCCCUGCAGAGUGGAACUGCACCACAGCUGGACUGACUAAACUUGGCUUUGCUGUGCUCAUGGUUAACUACCGGGGAUCCACAGGUUAUGGCCAAGACAGCAUUCUGUCCCUGAUUGGUCAGAUUGGAAGCCAGGAUGUAAAAGAUGUCCAGAGGGCUGUGCUAACUGCACUGGAGAGCGACCGGACCCUUGACCCCAAACGCUUGGCCGUGAUUGGUGGUUCACACGGGGGCUUCCUGUCCUGUCAUCUGGUCGGUCAAUACCCCGAGGUCUACAGAGCGUGUGCAGCCAGGAACCCUGUCAUUAACGCUGCCACUUUAUUGGGAACCAGCGACAUUGUGGACUGGCGUUACACCAGUGUGGGCCUUCAGUACUCAUAUGACCAGUUACCCACUGCUGAAGCUCUGGCUGUUAUGUUGGACAAGUCACCCAUCAAACACGCUGCUCAGAUUAAGGCUCCAGUGCUGCUGAUGUUGGGAGGCAGAGACAGGCGAGUGUCACCUCACCAGGGUCUGGAGCUUUAUAAAGCACUGAAGAGCAGAGGUUCACCUGCCAGACUGUUGUGGUUUGCAGAGGACGGACAUUCACUGUCCAGAGUGGACACACAGGCCAACUGCUUCCUCAACAUAGUGCUGUGGCUGUACCAGUAUCUCUGAACACAAAGUUACCUAAUUUUGUAAAAUAAAAAAUCCGGAGUGUUAAAUAAAAUUCAAUGUAUA